AUGGAGGCCAUCCGCAGCCAAUCAGUGGGGAGGAAGCAGUCGAGAAUGCCGGCCCAGAAAGCAGCGUCAGCGUUGUCUCUAGACCGCCGGCCAACCAAGUUAUACUUUGCUUAUGGGAGUAACUUGCAUAUCAAGCAGAUGAACCGUCGUUGCCCCAAUAGCAAGUUCAUCGGCACAGCUCGCCUUUGUAACUACCGAUGGCAGAUCAACGAGCGUGGAUACGCCAACGUCACCCAAGCAGAGGGACAUUGGGUCGAUGGACUUGUGUACGAGAUUGAUGACACCGACGAGGCCAAACUGGAUAUAAAUGAGGGCGUUGCGAAAAAUGCAUACAACAAGCGAUACAUGACAGUUUUGCUCUAUCGAGCACAGAGUACCUUGUAUCGCCGUCCCGUCGCUUGGAUUGUGGAAAAGGGCGGGCCGGCGGCGGUGGGCAGACAGGCCAGGCUUGUAGCCCAGGGGCGGCGAGAGAGCUCGUUGUCGCACUGGCAAGACGACGUUCUCAUAUAUGUCAAUCCAAACUGCACCAUUGACAGUAGUCCCAAGGAGGAAUAUGUCAAUCGGAUCAAUCUGGGUAUUGCAGAUGCCAGGGCCCUAGGCGUCGACGAGGACUACAUCCGGAACUGCAUCCGCCCCUUUAUCCCGGAGACCACAGAAAGGCUUUCCUCGGGCCCGACAUCCGGGACCCCCAAGCUCAGAGUGCUAGCAGUCGCCCGGGGUAGAAGCGCGAACUCACCCGCGCGGUCUGAUGGCCGCUCUCCGGCGCGCAAAGAGCGAUCGGUGAGCCGAUCGAAGCAGCAUUUCGAGCGGCGAUCUCAAUCCUGGCAACCCCCUAAGAACGAAAACGACCAGAAAAAAGACCAGGCGGCCAAGUCAAAGGUGCCACCCCUGCCCCUGCGACCACAGUCGAAUCAACCCCGUGACAUUCCCAUCGUGGCUGUACAGGAGGUACAUCUUUCGAGCUGGGGCUGGUGGCCGGCAUUUUCAUGA